AUGACUUCAUUACUAUCUCUGAGCAUUUUGCUAACAGUAUUUCAUUAUUCCACUUCUUCUUCGGUUGACUGGAAAGAUGUUUUCCAACCAAAACCACUUCACGAUCUCUCGAAGCAGUGUCUCAAUGACACAGAGACAUGGAUUCAAUCCCUUGCAGUUUUUGCUACAGUAUCCGAGGAGUGUCUAACUGAACAAAACUGCUCUGUGAAAGAAUUGCAAAUUCUGAAAAACAAUCUUUAUGCUGUUCAAGAAUUGGACGCCUUUGGUAAAUUUCCGGUUCCGGGAAUGCUCGAAGUAGCGACACUGUACGAUGGAUCUUAUCAAGAGUGUAAUCGUGCCAGCGGUCAGAAAUACAAUACCAACUACUGUUACCUUGUCUUGAAGCCUGGAAAAAAUGCAUCUUGCUCUGCUACUUCGUCAAGCCUAUUUUCAAUGCUCCCCAUAAGACUCGCAGUUUGCUUACCAGAAUCUUGUGACCAACAAGACAUGGUCAACAUUUUUAACCAACUUUCACCAUAUCCAUUCACAGCAUGUCAAUCAUACUGUGCGAAAUAUGCUGUAAAAAAGGAUACUCCAUUCUGGGGUUUUUCAAUAUUCCUCAUUGUCAUGGUUAUUAUUGCAUUAUCUGCUACUGCAUUAGAUUACGUUAGAGACACUGUGUACGGAAUCAAAUCUGGCCAAGAGAAAAACCUUCUGCUGAAAAUUCUUAUCUCGUUCUCCUUCUGGACAAAUGCCGAACUCUUACUUUCUGUAAAGGAACAGAAACCAGGCUUCAUCAAAUCUUUGGACUGCAUCCGUUUAUUCUCUAUGUGUUGGGUUGUCACUGGUCACUCAUUCAUCUAUUUAAUAUUUUCUGACACAUUCAUGCCGGUAAUCGACUUCCCAAAACAUUUCUGGAAUCAUCUCCUGCUCAAUGCCUUCGUGUCUGUUGAUACUUUCUUCGUGCUUUCGGGAAUCGUUGUGACUUACUUGUUUUUCAAAAGUAAACCAAAGAAGAGAAUGGUGGCUAAUCCAAUAACUUGGAUCAUGUUUUAUGUUCAUCGUUACCUAAGACUCACUCCUCCAAUUAUGCUCUUCAUCGGUUUCUUCACGGUGUACGCUCCAUAUAUUCAGGGUCCAUUCUCCGCUUCUCAAAUGAAUCAACUAGUCGCUCAAGCAGAGUCCUGCAAAACGUCGUGGUGGCAGAAUCUGAUCUACAUCAACAAUUUUCCACAAGAUGUGACUUGUUAUGCUCCAACAUGGUAUUUAGCAGCUGACACUCAACUGUACUUAGUUGCUCCAAUUGUCCUGAUUGGUCUCUACUUCUCUUUUGCGGCAGGAACCGGAUUAAUUGUCGCAGGCUGUGUCGGGAGUAUCGUUGCAACUUAUAUUGUUUUUGGAGUUUAUGGAUUACCCGCUGAUAUGUUUGGAAAUGGAGAUGUUCAAAAUUUCUUCUCGAUUGUUUAUAGCAAACCAUGGAUUAGAUGCCCACCAUAUCUCGUUGGAAUGCUUACUGGAUACCUACUUGCUGUAUACGGAAACAGAAAAAUUCGACUCAACUGGGCAUUAUCUGUGGCUGGAUGGAUUGUAGCAUUUGUAAUAGCUGCUUUCUGUCUUUUUGCUACAUAUGAUUACGACAAAGGAUCAUAUUGGAGUGUUUUCACAAGAGCAACAUUCUACAAUUUCCAUCGUCUAGGAUGGGGUAUUUUCAUCUGCUGGGUUGUUGCUGCUAACCAUAUGGGUUGGGGAGGUCCAAUCAGCAACUUCAUGUCACAUCCAAUUUGGCAACCAUUUGGCAGACUGUCCUAUUGCGCUUACAUUGUUCAUUGGAUAGUUCUGUUCUAUUUUUUGAAUGUUGGAGGUCACCCAAUUCAUUACUACUCUGCUUGGGAAGUGUUCACCUACACUUCUAUCCCUGCCACACUCCUCUCUUAUGUUUUUGCCUUCUUCUGGAGUUGCAUGUUUGAAGUUCCAACAUUGAAACUUGAAAAAAUGUUGAUUGAAUCGAUUAUGGGAACGGGAAGAACUUCUGCCAAGUUGGAUCCAAUUGUUGAAAAUGGGAAAGUGACACCAGUGCUAGAGUCAAAAAAGCAGGAGAGCAGUUGGGUUGAAGAAAUUAAAGAAGAUGAAAACACAAAAGUGUGA